UUUCUAGACCGAUCCAGAACUGUUACCUUCUUCCUCGCGAGUGGCCGGCGGAAAGAAUCUCCAUAUGUGGCAACCACGAAGAGAUGUUUUGCGGAGGCAUAGUUUCCCGAUGGAUCCGGUUGGCAGUAUGCCUAUCUAUGCGCCAUAUGCAGCUGAGGCAGCAAUGGUGAGUUUGCAAGACGAUGACUCGGUCAGCAGCAACGCUGGUCCGGCGGCGGCGGGCGGUGUGUCGGUGCUUGGUAACGUCGAGAAUGGGAGUGCUUUCUACGAUGGAGCUGCAUGGUUGGCCUGGAGGAGCAGGUGCCCGCUGAUUCCGCCGGAUCAACUAGGCACGCCAAUCCACAAUCGCCCGGAUAGACGAAGAGAUUCUGUGUCGGCCGUUCACCACCUGAUAGAACUCAUUGCGAAAAACGUCAGAGUGCACUGGAGAAGUCGAUCCGGUGUUAGUGUGUUACUCAGUGAAACUGGGAGACAAGGCAACAGGUACAGCUCAAUUUCACCUUACUUGAUCAGGGAGGAAUGCGAGCACUUGAUCAGAUAACAUUCAGUCAACAGCUACAGCUCGAUUUCACCACUUGAUCACGAAGGGCGUCGAGCACUUGAUCAGAGAGGACGGUGAGCACUUGAUUAGAGAGGACGACGGGCACUUGUUCUAGGACAAAGGCGACACACGAGAUGACCAGGUGAG